GAGGAUUAAAAGGGUAAUAACAGUAAGAUUAAUCAGUGUCUGCCAUUGUUUCACCUCGAGCAGAGAGACGCAGGCCAUUAACAAUUCAAUCAACUAUCCAUUUAUUGACUGCGCUAGAAACUCAUAGCAGCACACACUGGUGUGUGUUUACACAGUGAAAAAAAUAAAGGAGGGGAGAAUUUAGCCAAUUGAUCGAUGAUUAGUGCAGAGAAAACGUGUUGAAAGAUGAUUGAUUAGUGAUUGAGAUAUGGGGCGAGAGAUCUCGGCGUUGGUUCAACCCAAGUGUUUGUUGAUUUUCGUGGCGGCUUUGGUUCUGAUAUUUCUCGUUUCUUCCUUCUCUCGGCAAGAGGCGGAGAAUGUGGAAGAGAAUUAUGAGAUUACGCAUAGAGUAUUUUUGGAUGUUGACAUAGAUAAGCAACGUAUAGGAAGAAUCACAAUUGGACUAUAUGGUCAAGUUGUGCCAAAGACUGUGGAGAACUUUAGGGCUUUGUGUACAGGGGAAAUGGGGAAAGCUGCAAAUGGAAAAGUUCUCCACUAUAAGGGAACUCCAUUUCAUCGUAUUAUACCUGGAUUUAUGAUACAAGGUGGAGACAUUGUUUCUGGAGAUGGCAGAGGAAAUCAAUCCAUAUAUGGCGGAACCUUCCGUGAUGAGAAUUUCAAGUUAAAGAAUUCACAUGCAGGUAUUGUGUCCAUGGUGAAUUCAGGGCCCGAUUCCAAUGGUUCGCAGUUUUUCAUUACAACAGUCAAGGCUUACUGGUUGGAUGGUGAACAUGUUGUUUUCGGUAAAGUGAUAGAUGGAAUGGACACUGUGUAUGCGAUUGAAGGUAGUGCAGGAACUUACAGUGGGAAACCUCGGAAGAAGGUGAUCAUUUCCGAUUCCGGUGAGAUACCUAAGAGCAAGUGGGAAGAAGACAAUCGAAUCUCAGUAACGUGACUAUAGAAGAAACAGGUUUUCCAUGUUUUAACUGAUUUGGUGUUAGUAAUGUAAGUGCAGUUUUUUAAGGGUUGAAAAGUAACUAAUUUUAAAUCCUGGAAUUUCUUUUUGAAGUAAAUGAAGAGAAGAUAAUUUUAUUUUAUUAUUUAUUAUUUUUUUAAAUGUUUGAAUGUUGUAUGAAACCAUUCAUUAUUAAGAAGCCUUUUGUGUGUAUCUUCAC